AUGUUCGGAAUCACUCAGCGUGUCGCUCGCGCAGCCUGGUUGGUGGUCAUCAUGCUGUCGUCCGUGGUCUGCUUCACCUUCGCCCUCGUCAUGCGUCGUUUCUUUGGGCGACCAACCGAUGUAGUCACACUCACGAUCGUCCCGGGAGUAUGCUUCAUUGCAUCCAGUGUGGCACUGUGCGCGAACUACUUGUUUAGAAGUAGUGCGGUGAGAUGCGUCGCGAUGGAACUCUUAUGGGCCGGAUCAAUGUCCCCGAUAGCUUUGAUUAUGGGACUCUACACGUACGCGUUCGCACCGGCGUCCGAAUAUCCGGAUAAGGUAUGGCCAAUCUACGCCGCCCGCAUCCUUGCUUGGGAACUGGCUAUAACUGUUACCCUCUACCUCAUCGGGACGCUAUCGCUAGCGCUCCUCACAUCAUGGCUCAUUGACAAGGACGUCUGGCUACGACCGAUCGCGGGUAGCCCCUCGCCCUUCCCGCUCGCACUCAUGUGGCACGUCCUACGACACCGCGAGCCCACAAGCGAGGAUGAGAAAGAGAAGCGGAUGUGUCCACCUGGAUGCGCGUGCGCGCGGAAGCUGGAAAGCGCAGACGACUCCAACUCGGACUUUGUGCACAUCAGAUCCGGAGAACACCACAAUCCCAGAGAGGCCAUCACUCAGGCUGACGAGAGGGUGCCGGGGAUACGCGUGCCUAACGUUGUAGAGCGAAGUUCUUUUAUUGCUAUAGGGCUCUCGGGGUACGAGGCCGAUGCGUACACGGACGUGUGA